UCAACCCAGUUGAAUAAAUAAAAAAUGUGAUGGGUAGUAAUCGUGAUGAUGGAGCUGUCAAGGUGUGGUUGGCGCAGGUCAUCUGUCGACUCGUAUACUCGGUAUACGACAACGACGGUCACAUAAACGGCUCGUCUAUUACCGCGUUCACCGAGUCCAGCGGCUUACUGUUGACCGGCUCACCUAUCGAUAAAUUGGAUUGUGGUGGCACUUGGCCGUUAGACUGCCGUGUAAGCAAUCGGACAGAUGGAUCACUCGAUUGCAUCGACAUUGCGUCAGUGCCCGUCAACGUCAGCCUGUAUUUGCCGGCGCAGAUGUCGGCUCAUUUUGAUCGACAGCCAAUCGUGCCAGUGUUAUUACCUGAAACCAGCAGAGGCGAUUUGGUGACCAUCAAGUGUAAUGGCGAACGAGACAACGAAGCUACCUGUUCAAUGCGUUCCGAACUUUGGCCAAGAACGCCCACGUUCCAAAGAUGGUACAAUUGGAAAUAUUUAUUCGUGAUUGUCUUCAUAGCGUCUGGCGGUGUGGGAAACAUUCUCGUGUGCUUGGCCAUUUGCUUGGACCGACAAUUACAAAAUGUUACUAACUACUUUCUUCUGUCGUUGGCCAUUGCUGAUCUGUUGGUAUGUCUUCUUGUUAUGCCGCUUGGAGCUAUCCCCGGAUUUUACGGAGAAUGGCCGCUCGGAAUGGCCUGGUGCAACGUUUAUGUUACCUGCGACGUGUUGGCUUGCAGCUCGAGUAUAAUGCACAUGUGUUGCAUUUCCCUGGGGAGGUAUCUGGGCAUCAGACACCCACUUCGCACCAGACAUCAUUAUUCGACCACGAAACUAGUGAGUUUUAAAAUCGCCAUUGUGUGGUUUCUGUCUUUCAUGGUAUCUCUGUCAGUGACGCUCCUAGGUAAGUACUAUUCAAAUCUACCAAAACAUAUAGUAGAAUCUGUAACCAUAUCUCCUCCGCUUUUGACAAAAAUAAAACAUUUUCAAAUAUUAACAUUCAGGCCUGUAGCACACUCUCAUCAGCGACGAAGCCAGUUAGGAUGGCACUCUAGGAUAAUAUUUGCUUCAAAUUUCGAUGUUUUUACCUCUCAUUUUUCUUUAGACAGUAUUGAAAUAACGUCAGAAUCACAAAAUAGCACUUAA